GUGCCCUUCUGUUUUAUAGAGGAUGAUUGAGGAAUCAUUGAAGAUUGAAAUGGAAAAAGAAUUAGAAAAGAGUAUGCAAGAAUCGAAGGACAAAUCUGCUCACAGUCAAAACCCUUUAGAGAAAUACAUGAAAAUCAUCCAGCAGAGGCAAGAGCAAGAAUUGCCAGAUCAGAGCUCAAAAAAGGACAGAGAUGGCUCAGUAGUGGACACGCUGCCACCUAGUGACAAAGAUGAAAGUUUUGCAGGCUUUUCUCAGGAGGAACCUGAUGACUUUUGGUAAUCAAGUUUGCUGCCCAACUUCUUACUCAUAUACAACGAGAAGUUACAUAACAUUUAGUGCUUUGCUCUCUCUAUAAUCAAGACAAAAUUCUCAAUAAAACUUUUAAUAUAUAACCAUAACCCAGUGCAAUUUUUU